AUGGCCGAUAGAGUGGGCUAUGCAGAGUUUCUGAGCGAUAGAAAUCCGAAAGAUACUAUGCCAAGGGUAUUGAAGAAAUGUUGUUUGGAGAUAGUUCGUAUUUGCACUGGACAUGGACCUUCCACGGCUCCCAGUAUUGAGCUUGUUGUUGGUGCAGAAGAAGCCCUUAAAGAGGAUCCGCGUGUUUGCUCCAAUUACUCCAAAAAUUAUGUGGAGAAAACUUUCCAAGCAUUUCAAAAUUUCAACGGAGGAACAGCCAUUUUCACCUUGCCGAAUACACCAAUCAAGUGUGCGGGUGCUCCACAGAAGGUCAUGUAUUUGUUUGAGGACUAUCUUGCCAGAGUGAGUUGA